AUGAAAUACACUGAAGCGGAGAAGCUAUUCCUGGACAAAAUGGCUGUUCUUAAUAAAACAUUUCUGUAUUUCAUUCAGUGUUCCCUGAAAGAAAUGCCAGAUGGGGACCUGUCACCUUGUGUUCGUGAUUAUCUGAAACAUGUCGAAGAACUGGAUCGAACUUAUGGAAAUACAUCUAAUGGGAAUGGUACCAAUGCGUCUGCUGAUAAUAAAGAAGGUGAAGUUAUCAACGAACUACCGAAAACAAUCGCGUCAGGAAAAGAUGUAGAUGAUGAAAGUGGAGUGAUAGUGAAAUCCAGCGCAGCUCAAGAAAAGCCUUUAUCCAGUGCAACAGCUAUAUUUAGUAGUACCACAAAUCUUCAAAGUGUUUCAAAGCCUUCGGUUGAUAUAUCUACCACGUCAUUAGCUGAAUCAGAAAAACGAGGAAGAAAAAGAGCAAAGAAAGGUGGACCUGAAGGAGGAGAUGAAGAAGUAAUUAUUUCGAAUCAUAACAGUCCAGUUCCACGGCACUUAACAAGUUCAGAAAACUGUCAUAUCAAAACAGCUUCUAAUCAAACUUCACAAUCAUCUCCGCUAUUACCAUUUUUCAACGCCUCUAUGGCCGAAAAUAUUUUAAAAAGAGGUUUUGAUAGUAGGGAUAAUUCGAAAACAGAAGCAGAAAACGGAGGCUUCCAGAACAAAGGUGUGGACGACGUUAAGGAAAUAGGCAGUAGCAAAAUCCCUUUGUUUUUAUUCGGCCAAAAAAGUGAUUUAAAGAAAAAUGAACUAAUAAAGAAUCCAUCGAAUGUGGUCUUCACCAAAUCAACACCAGAAGAAGGACUGGUGGAGAAACUCGAUGAAAAAAGGGAACAAAAUGAGGAAUCGGCCGCCAAGUCUCAUGUAACUCCAGCAUUCUCAUUCUUGAAGCCGGUUGUGCUUGAAGGAAAUUGUGGAUGCUCUGAUCCUUCGAAGGCCAAAUUAGAUUUUAAAUUCGGCGCGCCAUCUGCUUUGCAAUCGGAAUCAGAUAAUAAAAGUGAAGAGAGUGAAUAUGUCCCACCAAAACCAGAAGCUGUGUUGGUGGAAGAGCCGAAAGCGAUAUUCUCGUCGAAGUGUUCGGCAUUUGUGCUGAAAGGAACGGAAUAUGAAAAACUUGGAAUUGGCCAGCUUCAUAUCAAAACCGAUGAAACUGAUAGUACAAAGAAAAUUUUACUCGUCCGUGCUGCCACUACCACUGGUACUGUGUGGGUAAAUUCAUAUGUCGACAAAUCAAUGAAGCAUGUGACUAUUGGGGAUGUCAAAUUAAGGAUAAGUUGUGUGUCAGGUGGAUCACCGUCAACGUAUUUAUUUCGCCUACCAAAAAAAGAAGAUCGUGACCAGGUAGUUGCAGAACUUCAAGGCGAUAAUAUUUCAUCCUGA